ACCCUGUAAUAUGUAAACAAUGAUGUUAGUUAAGUGGAAUGUCACGUGAUUUCACCCAAGCACUGUGUUGUUGUGAACAUGGCGGCUGGGUGCAGCCUCUCCUCACUCUUACCCAUUCAGACUCAGCUGGAUCACUCCCUGCAGGACGUGGUCUCCACCGAACAAAAAGAGAACAUCGUUUACGAGUACCUGAAAAAGCUGGACGGCAGGGAACAGGACUUGAAAGUACCUGAAUUUGAAGACGGAUUGGAAUGGUUGAACACCAAGAGCCCGCUGUCGCUGUCAAAACACCUUUCAGGCAAAGUGGUUGUGCUGGAUUUUUUCACCUAUUGCUGCAUCAAUUGUAUGCACCUGCUUCCUGACCUUCACAAACUGGAGCAUGAGCAUUCUGAUAAAGAUGGACUGGUUGUUGUUGGCGUUCAUUCUGCUAAGUUCCCGAAUGAGAAGGUCUUGGAGAACAUUAAAAGUGCUGUCCUUCGUUACAACAUUACUCACCCCGUGGUCAAUGAUGCUGAUGCUAAGCUUUGGCAGGCGCUUGAAGUGUCCUGCUGGCCAACACUGGUCAUCCUGGGGCCACGGGGAAACAUGCUCUUCUCUCUGGUUGGAGAGGGGAACAAAGAUAAGUUAUUUUUAUUUACUGCAGCUGCCUUAAAGUUCUACAAAGGGAAAAGCAAAGUGAAAAAUAACAGCAUAGGAAUCAAGCUGUACAGGGACUCCCUCCCUCCCUCCAUACUGUCAUUUCCCAGUAAAGUAACAACAGACAGCACUGGAAAUAGACUGGUGAUCGCAGACACUGGGCAUCACCGGAUUCUGGUUGUCAAGAAAAAUGGACAACUGCUUCACUCUAUUGGAGGACCUAAAAGUGGAUGGAAAGAUGGAAGCUUUGAAGAGUCAGCUUUCCACUCCCCUCAAGGAGUAGCAAUGAAGAACAACACCAUCUAUGUUGCGGAUACAGAGAACCACCUGAUACGAAAGAUCGAUCUAUUGGAGGAAACGGUCAGCACUGUAGCUGGCAUUGGAAGCCAAGGCACGGACAAAGAAGGUGGAGCAACGGGGCUGCAGCAGCAAAUCAGCUCCCCGUGGGACCUCGCGCUGGGCACUGCAGGCGGUAAUGAGGACAAUGUUCUGUGGAUUGCAAUGGCUGGUACUCAUCAGAUCUGGGCUCUGUUCCUUGAAGAUGGAAGCCUUCCAAAAGGAAGUAUGGCAAAGAAAGGGACCUGCAUUCGGUUUGCAGGCAGUGGGAAUGAAGAAAAUCGCAACAAUUCCUAUCCUCAUAAAGCAGGCUUUGCUCAGCCCUCCGGCCUGUCCCUAGCCCCAGAAGAGCCCUGGAGCUGUGUGUUCAUAGCGGACUCUGAGAGCAGCACUGUGCGGACAGUGUCUCUGAAGGAUGGAGCAGUGAAGCAUCUUGUAGGGGGAGAGAGAGAUCCGCUGAAUUUGUUUGCUUUUGGCGAUGUGGAUGGAGCAGGAAUAAAUGCAAAGCUACAGCAUCCACUGGCUGUAGCUUGGAACAAGCAGAAAGGUUUGCUUUAUGUAGCAGACUCCUAUAACCACAAGAUUAAAGUUGUAGAACCUAAAACCAAACAGUGUUGCACGAUAGCAGGCAUUGGAGAAGCCAGCAAUGCACUGGGGCCAGCCUUCACUGAGUCUGCCUUCAACGAGCCGGGUGGGCUUGCUGUUGGAGAGAAUGGGAGGGUUCUGUAUGUAGCAGACAGCAACAACCAUCAUAUUAAAGUUCUGGAUUUAGAGACCCAAAUGGUGUCUGUGCUUCCUGUUACCAUUGAAGAUGCAGUUGUUGAAUUAGACAGCUCGUUUGCAGCUCAAAGAAAGCUCCCCAAGCUGCCCAAGACCUCUCCCCAGGUUCUGAUGUCCCCUGUAACAGUGUCCCCAGGGCAGGUUCUUCAGCUUGAGAUUGCCUUGACACUACCAGGAGGGAUACAACUGACGGAAGGGGCACCCAGUUACUGGGCUCUCGCAGCAGCAGAAGGCGGUGAAUGGUUUCUGCAAGGCCAGUGUGUGUACGGUGACAUUGUGGACCUUUCGAGGCCGCUAGUAAUAUCUGUAACUGUCCCAGCAAGCACACAAACACCAGACGUUGUGCUUUCUGUCGAUGUGUGCCUCUAUUUCUGCAGCAAGGACGACGGUGCUUGCAUGAUGAAGGCGGUCUCCUUCACGCAGCCUAUGCAGAUAGCUAAAACUAGCCAAUUUAGCAGUGCCAAGGUGCUGUUCAGACAUCACUUUUAACUGUUUCUGCUCUGGACAGGGUCUCUGAGGUGCUUUGUACUAUUUUUAACCAAGGUGCUAGUCGGUUGCAUGACAGACAAAAGUACAAGAUCAUGAUGGUCCACACAGUGCAGACCAGUCAAAGCCAUUAGUCUUAAUUAUGGGACUGUGUUUUUCAUACCAGUUUUCACUGCUGCUGUUUUUCAUUUGUCAUCCCUUUCUGGUUUCAUUAAAACCACUGUCAUUUUCAUGCGCAUCAAGGGGAGGGAGAAUAUGUUCAAAACAUGCUGGGUUUAGAGUUUCAGUGUGUUAUUUAUUUAUUUUUUAUUUAAAAGCAGCAUCAGAACCAAAACACAAAUGAGAGAUUGGGACACUAUGAGCCUCAUUCACAAAGUCCUGAAUUAAAUCAGAUAUUUCGUAAUAAAAUUAAGUUGGAUAUGCAAUUAACUUUAAUAGUGUUGUUAAAGAAGCCAGACAAGGUUUUAUUAAUAUAACCAUAAAAACACUGGAAAAAAAUAGCCAUUAAAUAGCUGAAUAAAAUCUUUGUGAAAGCACCCUGUAGAGUGUGCCAUCUAAAGGGGAUGCAGAAUAGAGGAGCUGCAGUGUUUGCAGUCUUACUAUUUUUGUAUAACAUAAUUAUGUAUAAAGUUACAUAUGUGAACGAUGAAAUCGUUCAUAUAUAAAAAGUUAAAUUGGAUACUAAGUUUUAUAUAUUUAUUUUUUUUUUUAGGUUUCAGGACCCUGUCCAGAUAAAAAAAAAAAAAAAAAAGUGCCUAUACCUGCAAUAUGCAUAAUGUUUUAGUCCUUGAAUACCAACAUUUAAACUGUUUUUUCAUUUACAUGAGGACUUCCAAUGUCAUUUCAUUUUCUUUUAAAAUAUUAUCUUCAAAAGAAUAACUGCAUUUACCAAAAUAUUAAGAUUGCGGUUUUAAAGAGCAGUUUUAGAAUUGCUUAUUAAAUGUACUGAAGAUUAUGGUGUUGAGGUUAAUUGACUUGCUAUUGCAUGCAUUGAAGCUGCACAUUGAAGUGUGUGGUGAUUUGACCAUGAUGUUAAGAAUGAGCACAAAGCUGUUUCUGAAAGCCAGGGUGUAGUCGCACUGACUUUGCACAUGCAGAUUUCUCAUAUUUUUUUAUAAGUAUUUAUGCAGUUUAAUAAAGUAUUAUUAUUGUAAGCCAUUUUACAAAUAAAAAAAACCUCACACAUUAUAGUUGUGAAAAGUCAAGACCCACAGUUGAAAGACUACGGGCUGUAUUUUCAAAGCAUUUACUCCAGUCUUUAAAGAUAAUUUUACAAAUCUGAAACCCAACAAGUAAGCUCUAUAUUUCAAGUCCGUUAAAGCACUCUCAGUGUGUUUUGUUUUUCAUUUUGUAAUAUUAGCAUGAUCACCUCCCCCCUUAAUAUAUUAAAAAAUGUUGGAAACACUUUGAGAAUACGGCCCAAUGUGCAGUGAAAUGGCCUGAAUUAGGGUUAGGGUUAGCACAUGUCACAAUGAUUGUAAUGGACACUGAGCAGUCUGUUUACAGGCUGUGGGGGUGGAACACAUUGUUCUAACACUGCUGUCUCUGUAUAGCGUGGAUAUAAAUCACCCGGUUUACAAUGUGCGCAAUACCAACUAGCGUUGUUUUAAUGUUAGCUACAAAAAAUAAAAUCCCAAUUACUGUAUUCAUGUGGUGUUAUUAAGCAGAUGGAAAGGUUAUGUAUUAAAGAUGUGAAUCAAUUGCACUUGACACUUGCUUAAACAAACUAACAAUCAAAAAUUCUAAAAAUGCUUUCUAAAAACUUGUUUUGUUGGAGAGGGGAGUGUUUAGGAGGGGUUGGGGUAUUGGUGUGAAAUGUUCAGGAAGGAAAGUUAAAGAUAUUUUAACAUGGUAUAGUGGCUCUUGUGGGCAACAAAUCAACAUUAUUGGCAAUCAUUGUUAUGUUUUAAUGCAAUGAAUCCGUGAUUAAGUCAACUUAUUUUCUUGUCAUUUGGCAGAUUUAAAACUACCAAUUAAUUACAGGUUGCAUAUUUCCAUUAAAUGAUUUCUCUUCAUUUA